UAAAAGGCAGAGUUUUUAUGAUGGAGAGCAGAGCGGCUGAUCCGAUCUCAACUCACAGCUCCUGUCCUGUGGUCUCAUAUACAUUCCAGCGAAAGUUGUGAGCAGCUUUGACAAUUUGAUGCGCGCUUGGAAUGACUCUGAUAUAUCCUCUGUGAGCGGACUGUACCGGACUCUCUCCUUCUCGCACUUGCCUCUCAGCCUGGAUGAUGGAGGUGGAGGGCUGCUGGCAGAGGCUGCUCAGGCUGCUCCUCCUGCUCUGCUUCAUGACUCUCCACAGCUCGGCCAUCGAGACCGUGAAUGUGGUGGACUUCUGUGGCCAGACGAUCCAGGGUGACGGCAUGAUUGUCAACUCGCACCAGGAAUCUAAGAAGUACUACUUUGUGACCAUGGGGACUGACUGCCACCUCACCAUGCAGGGCAGCUCUCCUAAAGACAAGGUCCAGUUCCACUUUCGUUUCUUCCUGGUCUACAGUUUGCUACGAGUGGCUCCUCUGAGCCCGGCUCCUCUCUUCCCAGAGUCCCCUCGUGGCUCCGCCCCUCUCAACCCUAGGCUGGAACCCACCUCUGGUGAAAGCUCAGGGGACCCGUGUCAUGCCGGCUCAUACAUUCAGUUUUAUGAUGGACGGGACAAGAGCUCGCCUCCCCUUGGGCCUCCUCUGUGUGGGAAGAGCCCGCCCCGGCCGGUGCUGUCCACAGGAAACUAUCUGACUCUGAGACUGGUGACCCGGGGGACUCAGCCCAGAGUCGACUUCGUGGGGGACUUCACCUCCUUCAGACUGGGUUUUAACCAGUCAGAGUGCAGCAGUGAGCCUUAUUUCCCUUGCAGGAAUGGGAAGUGUAUCCCUCUUGGUCUGGUGUGUGAUGAUAAAGGCAUUGACAACUGCGGGGAUGGAAGUGACCUGGAGGAAAACCUGACUACAGGUUGUAAAGCAGGUCAGCUUUUACCUCCUGAACCUCCACCACCAAUAGCAACCCCACCCCCGCCCUCUGUGAAUCCACCUACUGCUCCAAUUCUUCCACAGAUGAACUGUGGCAUGCCAGACAGCACUCCCAGUCAUGAGUCGGUAACAGACUCCCCUGCCUCCCUGUUGGUUAUCUACAUCAUCCUGGGUGUUGUAGCCGGCAGCGUGGUGCUCUGCUGGUGCUGCUGGUCACCUGGCUGGUUCCUGUGGCGCAUCAGCAUCUGUCGCUUCUUACCCUGCUGUGGCUCCUGCCAGCUCUGCGUCCACAGCUGCUCCCACAGCAAGGAGCACCGACUGGCAAAAGUUACCCCACAUACACCGGCCACUGGGACGGCGACAGGCACAGCGGCCAACACCAACAGUGCUGAUGACAAUGUUAGCGCAGCAGCUGUUUAGAACAGGGGGACCGUCCGGUUGAUUAGUUCUGGUACACAGAGACGUGGGUACAGCAUGGUGAUGCUGAGCUGUGAUCAGUGCUGAAUAUGAACAUUUACUGCGUUAGGCAGUACAACAUGACCAAGAAUCUUUUUAGUAAAUGUUGAACUGAUGACCAGUUUGGGUUAAACUGUGGUUUGUGUGCUUUAAAUGUGAUUUAGGUGAUGAGACUGCUGUGUUUGUGUUACAAGAAGGUAAAGCAGGGUAUGCAGUAUGACUAUGGAUUGUAUGAAUGUUUAUAAAAGGAUAGGUUUAGCAAACAUUUUUGUUCACAACACACUUUGUCUGUUUUAAAGUAAUCUCUUACAUAUUAUGAUGGCUGCACAUUCUGUUUAAGAGGCUGCUUACGAAGUUUGAGAAGUCCAGCCUUCAAUGCUUGCCCAGUUUUCAGAUGAGACAAUGAAGACUGUUAUGUUAUUAGUGUGAACAGUUUUUCGUCAUAAACUUGUUUGUUUCUUAUAAAUGUGCUCUGUCUUAGAUGCAACAUUUUAGUUAUGCAGUGAAACGUCCAGUCCACACAGCUUUGACCAAAAGUUUGCAAUGAACACAUGCUGAGGAAACUGCCCCACAUCUACUAAGUCACCCACCUGGUGACAACAGCUGUUCUCCCUCUGAGAAAUGCCUUCAAACUUUCCACUCUCCUCCCAGCAGUCCACUGUUGUUCCAAAUAUAAGCCAAAGUGAAGUUUGGACAAUAGAGAACAAGUCAUCCAGUGUGUAGCAGUUGACAUUCUGUAAGGAAAACCAUAUUUAACUACGAACUUCUAACAUGCUAUUGUGUGCACAAAAUAAACAGAAAUUCCUGUUAAUGAAAGGUUCAGUCUGUAAGUUUUAGUGGCAUCUA